AUGUCACUGAACUUGAAAGGCAAGAGGUUUUUAGUGACCGGAGCAGGACGGGGCAUUGGGCGAGAGCUUGUCAGAGCUUUAUAUAAAGAGGAAUGUCGUUGCAAAGAAGAUAUAGAGGCAGAUCGGCCAGGGUCGUUUGUGAACGUAUCUAGCGUCCUUUCCCAUGUGGCUUUCCCUGGACAGGGGCCAUACUGCUUCACAAAGGCUGCGCUCGAUAUGAUUACAAAGCAAUUUGCGUUAGAGCUCGGACAGCACAAUAUUCGAGUAAAUUCUAUCAAUCCAACAUUGGUCCUCACAGAGAAUAUCAAGAAGUUUAUAGAAGAAGUGUCUCCUGUGGACAAACUAUUUACGUUGCGGGCUCCGUGUGAUCGCCUGCCGGAGGUUACGGAAGUGGUUGUUCCAAUCAUGUACCUGCUGAGCGACAUGUCCUCCAUGGUUUCGGGAACCAAUCAGGUCGUGGACGGUGGGAUGCUCUCCUGCUUUAUUACGCACCUCUGA